AUGGCACAAAACUCCCGUGGGAAUACAGCAACGCUAGGUCACCAUGGCGGCGUUGCCGCCGCGGGAGAUGGUCCGCCCCCGUCCACAUUGGCCGCGCAGCUUGUUGAGAACAUAUCCACCUCCACGAAAUCCUCACGAUCGGACGAUGGCAAUGAACUCAAGGGACUCUUUGCCACAAUACAAAAGGUGAAAGACCACCCGGAUCUUCUCAAGACCCAUGAAGAUCGAGUUGAACACAAUCACAUGCUCAUCUAUGUGUACUGUCGUGUGGCUUUGGAAGGGAUUAAACUGGACGAUCCAUUUGCGAACCGAUCGCACACCCAUAACGAAGCUCUGAAAGCAAUAAACUUCCUGCGAUUUACAAUUAAAGAGACUCCUUCUGUGCUUGCGUAUACCAAUGCUUCAAACACUCUGCUCCACAGAGGCACCGAGCCUCUGUGGGUAUGGCUUCUGCCACAUCUGCUGAGGUUCCUUGGGCAUGCCAUUUUCGAGGAGUUAGAAGGUUCUCUCGAGGGCUUUUUGCAAUAUUUGCUCCUAGUGAUAUCGCGAACUGACGAACUGUGGUCUCUUGGUCCAGCAUUGGUUCUCUAUUUGCGAUCCUGCGUCUCUGGUGCGACUGACCAGCUACAAAACACGUCAUUGGACCCUUCUGAACCAAAUAGCUUUGGUUCUAUUCAUCUCCCGUCUCAAUUCGCACUCCAUCAGAUACUACAGAAAAGGUCUAUCAGCGCUUGGUCUACAUAUCGGAUCUCAUCGUCGUCCCAGGCAAUUCGACAGAUAACGAGCCUCGCAAAGAUACUUGCAUAUCCCUUCAUCGUACAAGACUCGGCCUUCUCCUCCCUGGCUUCAUUGUCGCAAACUGCUCCAUGGCUCUUGGACACUUGGCUUGAUCUACGCAACGCACAAAAGCGAUGGGACCUUGCUGAUUCGAGCUCUCCUAUUCCUCUCAUAGAGACGGUGCUACAUGUGUCUCAUGGACUGCAAGUUGGAAGUGAAAUGACAGCGACAUUUAGAGAUAAAUCGCAUGCCCUUUUAGUUUUGCUAUGUAGUGAGAUGGUGUCCUCUCCAGAGGCACUUAUUCAGGCAGGCGAAUCAGGGGACAAAGCCCGACAGUUAUACUGCCAGGCACUUUUGGCGAUAUCCAAGGCUACACUGGAAUCAUACUCAAUAGGACGUAUGGCAGCGUCAAAGUUGGUCCAGGAGUUGACUCUACUCUCAUCACAACAUGCUUCCAUUGGGGAGGAUACCGAUAUUUGGCGAUGCACGCGUUUGCUACGACAGAUUGUAUAUGCAGCACCACAGCAGACUUUCGAUGAGGAUACGAGCCCAUCGCAUUUUCGGGAUGAGGAAGUCCAAAAAGUUGUGGAGAGUCUGAAUCUCAACUACGGCCAAAGUUCUCAGUCAAAGUCGGUCACCAAAAAGAGGAAAGUUGUUUCCUCAGAUUCUAAUCCAAUAUCGAGCCUUUUCCGAGCCAUAUAUGAGACACUUGACGUGGCUUGGACAGGCGAUGAGGCCGAGCUGAUGCCUGAAGCACUAUUUUUAGAGAGAUUCGACAAAAUCCCUAGCAGCAGUAAAUCUCUCGCUUUGGAUCUUCUUUCCAGAAUAUCCUGCGUAUGUGACGGCUUAGAUGCAGCCGUAGCCAAAACAGCAACAGAAAGCCAGUGUCCAGUGUGUGACCAAGGUCGCAAGCCAAAGCUCUCCGUAGAGUUUCAAAGUACCAAGGCCGCCUCCCGAUCCAUAUUUUCAAAGCUCAUUCAAAGAUCCUCUUUUUUAGAGUCGAGGCAGCCCCGUGUUGCGGCAAUGAUCGCGCUGCGAAGACUGGUGUGUCAUUGUGAUGACGCAGACUUUUUGAGCAUCGAGGCUUCAGGACCUGGCCAAUGGUGUUUACAGUCUUUGAAUAGCUCUGUCAGGGAACUGCGUAUUGCCGCAGGGAGGACACUUCGUGCAUUCAUGCCGACGAACCCUGUUAGCGGUGUCGGGGAUGACUUAAUCGCAAGGAAUCGCAAAAACACGAUUGCUCUUCUCAAAUCAACAUCUGACCAAGAUGCAGCACACUUAGUGGAAACCCGAAUUCUGGCGUGGGGUCAAGUUGGUCGCGUUGUAUCAGAGGAUGAGUUGAACUUGGUCUUGAUCAAGCUCGUCGACUACCUUGGAAGUAGCAACAACAUCGUGUCUGCUUUCACCUUCAACGAACUUCUGAACCUAGCGGACGCUCGUAGCACAACUCCAAGACGCCUUCUUGAGCCAUUCUGGAAGAGUCUCGCGUACAUGACGACAAAAGACAUGAUUCAGCGACCUCAACGAAGUCGCGCAGUUGCAGAACUACUACAAAUAUCUGUCAAUGAACUCCUCUUGUUAAUACAGACACAUGCCUUGCCGUGGUUGGUAUUAGACAGGCGCCAGGAUGUCAUUCAGAAGAUUGCAGAAGCUCGCCAGGAAAAGGAGGUCUGGAUGCCACUGAUGGACGGAUCGAAUCUCGCCGCAACAUUGGCACUUUUGUUGGUUCAAGACUCUGGCGACAUUGAUGAGUUCACUAAAUCUCGCUUGAACGAAAUACAUCCCCAUUUCCACUCUCUCUCUUUGCUUGACCUGUUUCAAUCGGAGCCCGUUCUUAUUGCGUUGGAGCUACUCAAAACAGCCGCAACUGCAGACAAGACCAAGCGAUCUCUUGUUCACGACGCGCUUCAAUUAAUGGCAACCACUAUCUUGACAGCAAGCAAGGACCCCAAGAGCAAGAAAGGGUACGUAAUUGGUCGCUUUCUGCAGUCACAUAUAUUGGGCCUCAUGGCUCGUCUAACCGAUGUCAUAAAUGAUUCCAUCUCUUUGCAACCGCCUGUUAUGGAACAAAGAACGAGCAUUGGAACUUUGGAAGAGAUGAUCAAGGUUUGCAAGCAUCAUGCCCGGAUCGCUAGGCCCCAGAUAUCAGCCUGUCUUCUCGCAGCUAUUUCUCAAGAGUCUUUAAGAGAGUCAAGUUUUUCUUGUUGGGCGGCGAUGCUCACUCAUUUGGAGGAAGAAGACGUCGAAGCAUUGCUCGAGACUACCUUCUUCAUCGUUAGUCGCUAUUGGACGACGCUGGACGCGACGACCGCAACUAUUGGCAAAAAUAUGCUUGUGUCCUUAUUGGAUAAGCAUGGCGCCAUGGUAGAGAUACACAUCAGCAAACUCCCUUCUCUGUCGGCCUGCAAGGGCCUCGAAGUGGUUGAGAAGAAUCUGAAGGCAAUGCGUCCCGCUCUUUCCAUGGAAGAAGCGUUGGAUGUCUUUGCCCAGAGAGUUAGCCAUGACAACGCGGGCGUUGUUCAUCAAGCCUUGGCAGAACUUGCGCCGUACCUAAGGGAUAAUCAGAAUGCCUUGUACACGUCGGCUGUGAGUCAACGGCCGGAUAAUGCUAUCACUACGGUGCUGCGAUCACUUCUCGACUGCGCAUGCAAGUACAACGGAGUACAAGCAGAAAUCACCCGGCUGUGCGUUCAGUGUAUUGGACUUAUUGGGUGCUUGGACUCCAAUCAGAUUGAAACAGUGAGGGAGCAGCGAUCUAUUGUCGUGCUGAACAAUUUUGAAGCCGCAGAAGAACUCACAGACUUCGGCUUGUUCCUGUUGGAAGAGGUUCUGGUACCAUCAUUUUUGUCGGCAACCGAUACCAAACUCCAAGGCUUUCUUUCCUAUGCCAUGCAGGAGCUUCUCGACAAAUGUGAUAUUAAGGCAGCGUGCGCCAUGAACGAAACUGGUAUGAUGGGGGGUGGCGAUAUUUACAGGAAAUGGAUUGCUAUACCGGAUCACGCUCGCGAAGUCAUCGCACCUUUCCUGACCUCUAGGUACAUGGUUGCCCCCAUGCCUCCAGUGACUGUUGAGUAUCCGAUCUUCCAUCCGGGCAAACCAUAUGGCAACUGGCUUCGAUCAUUUGUUAUCGACAUGUUGAGAAAAGGACAGCAUCCUCAUGCUGACUUGCUUUUUGAGCCUAUAAUGCGCGUCAUCCGCGUCAAAGAUCUGUCAACUGCAGAAUUUCUCCUGCCCUAUCUUGUACUGCAUGUUUUACUCGGCUCACGAAGCACUGAGGAUGAAAAAGACCGAAUAGUAAAUGAGCUUUUAGGCGUUUUGAGACAUCAGCCAGCGGAUGAUGCAUCAUACCUUGAACGCGAGGAGAUGAAGCGAUUUUGUCAUGCUGUGUUCCGUUGCCUCGAUUACGCCAUGAGAUGGGUUCAACAGAAGAGAGCAACAGGUAGACUUACUCCAGAAGGCAAAGAGAGCGUAGCACGAAUACAGGGUGUGCUUGAUCAAAUUCCUCCAGAGUUGAUCUCGCAGCGAGCCACUGACUGCAACGAAUAUUCUCGUGCCCUAUUUCAUCUCGAACAACACGCACAGAAAAUGGAGCAGCAGAAACGAGAACCGGGAGAUCGGAGCAGAUUGUUAGAAAAGCUUCAAGAUAUUUAUGCAAAUAUCGACGAACCUGAUGGUCUGGAAGGCAUCUCCUCACAGCUUCAUGCACUCGAUAUAAAUCAACAAAUUCUGAGCCACAAAAAGGCCGGGCGAUGGUCAUCCGCCCAGACAUGGUACGAGAUGCAGCUCGCUGAGAACCCCCAAAACACAGACGUUCAGGCAGACCUCCUGAACUGUCUGAAGCAAGCUGGGCAACAUGACGUGCUUCUAAACCAUAUUGAGGGCAUUCAUACUGAUCCAUCAGCCAAUAACAAAAUCCUCCCAUUCGCUGUGGAAGCCGCAUGGGUAACGGGUCGAUGGGAAAGCCUUGCCAAGUUUACUGGACGCUUCCAGGGGGAUGUAGCUCAGGACUUCAACAUGUCUCUCGCAGGCUUGUUUGACUUAUUAUACCGCCACUACGGCUCUGAUAUGUUCGACAAGGCUAUACAGAGCAUGCAAGAUAAGAUAGCCUCAUCGAUGACUACAUCAGCCACUGCUUCAUUGAACUCUGCACAUGAGAUUUUGCUGAAGUGCCAUGUACUUACAGAUUUGGACGUCAUCCUUAAGACCAAACCAGGCAAUGACAAUGAGCGGCGGAGAACUCUGGCCCUGCUGGACGGCCGACUGGAAAUUAUGGGAGGACGUUUCGGUGACAAGCAAUACCUCUUGGGUAUUAGGCGCGCCGCCAUGGAGCUUUCAAGACCGACUUUUGCAGACCUGGACAUCUCGGGUCUCUGGUUAUCGAGUGCAAGACUGGCUCGAAAAACUAACUCUCUGCAUCAAUCGUUCAAUGCUGUGCUACAUGCGUCUCGACUGGGCGAUGACUCGGCCACGAUUGAGAAUGCCAAGCUGUUGUGGCGAGACAAUCACCAUCGGAAAGCUAUACAAAUGCUUCAAGGUGCAAUUGAACGAAACAAAUUUAUGACCCAAACUGGGCCCUCGACGAGUACCUCGACUGCCGGAGCAUCAAAACUUAACGCUCAACAAAAGUUAUUAACAGCUCGAGCACAAUUACUUCUUGCCAAAUGGCUGGAUGCCGCCGGCCAAUCUCAUGCCGUUGCGUUGCGAGAAAGGUAUCAACAACCACCAAAGACAUUUUCCACUUGGGAGAAGGGACACUAUUAUCUUGGGAGGCACUACAAGAAGAUUCUCGAAGCCGAACAGUCUCUCAAGGUUGAGGAUCAGAGUGACAAUUAUGUUACUGGUGAAAUUUCCAGGCUCGUCAUUGAAAAUUAUGUGCGGUCUCUCAACUCUGGGACAAAAUAUUUGUACCAGACGCUUCCGAGAAUUUUGACUCUAUGGUUGGACCUUGGAGCACAGGUUGACAAGGCUCCUGAGGGCAAGAUGUCAGUCUCCCGUGAACUGCAUAAACGCCGAGUUGAACAACUCAACCUGCUACACUCCUUCCUAGACAAGUAUAUUUAUCGUCUGCCGGCGUACAUCUUUUACACAGCUUUACCACAGAUUGUGGCUCGAAUUGCUCACCCCAAUGCAGCAGUUUUCGAGCGUCUCACUCACAUUGUAACCAAAGUUGUCGAGGCGCACCCAAGGCAGGCUCUGUGGAGCCUGAUUGGCAUCAUGACGACAAAACAAGCUUCCGAGAGGAAGGUACGAGGCGGACAAAUUUUGCAAGCCCUAAGAGGCAUUCAAAAGAAGGUAGAUGGAACAUCUUAUGAUGUGAAAUACCUGAUCAGAACUGGUGAGAAAUUGGCGGAGCAAUUAUUGUUGGCCUGUCAAAACGGCGAGUUUCAAGGAAACAAAACGGUCAAGGCCAGUCUUUCACGGGACUUACGCUUCCAGCACAAAUGCACACCCUGCCCCUUGGUGGUGCCAGUAGAAAGCUCACUCAUAGCUACACUGCCUGCUGUAUCAGAACACGUGAAGAAACACAAGGCCUUUUCUCGGGAUGUCGUUACGAUCGACUGCUUCCUAGACGAUGUUCUCGUUCUGAGCUCGCUUGCUAAACCCAGACGGCUGACUGCCCGGGGGUCUGACGGCAAGAGUUACAUGCUGCUCAUUAAACCCAAAGAUGACCUCCGAACGGACCAGCGGCUGAUGGAGUUCAAUGGCAUCAUCAAUCGUUCCUUGAAGCGAGAUGCUGAAUCGAGCAGGCGGCAAUUGUAUAUUCGAACGUACGCUGUUGUUCCCUUGAACGAGGAGUGUGGUAUUAUUGAGUGGGUUCCCGGUAUUAAAACGAUGAGAGAUAUUCUCUUAAACCUUUACGCGUCGCAAAAGAUUCAUCCCGACUACGUGGCACUGAGGCAGUUGAUGGAGGAGGCGUCGACGUCCGACAACAAAAUCCGAAUCUUCACAGAUGACGUUUUGGGACGAUUCCCGCCCCUUCUUCCGCUGUGGUUUAUUCAGCAAUUCCCAAGCCCGUCGGCAUGGUUUGCCGCUCGACUCAAAUACACGAGAUCCUGUGCCGUCAUGUCCAUGGUAGGCACCAUUUUAGGGUUGGGUGACCGGCACGGUGAAAAUGUCAACUUGGAAGAAGGCAAUGGCGGCAUCUUCCACGUCGAUUUUAACUGUCUGUUCGAUAAGGGCAUGACAUUUGCCAAACCGGAACGAGUCCCGUUUCGGCUGACGCACAAUAUGGUGUCAGCAAUGGGCAUAUACGGAUACGAGGGACCAUUCAGAAAAUCGUCCGAGCUCACUCUAAGCAUCUUACGACAGCAGGAAGAAACGUUGAUGACAAUUUUGGAAGCGUUUAUUUAUGAUCCUACUCUGGACCUCCAAAAGGAAAAGAAGUCAUCGAGGAGAGGCGACACUGGCGUCAGGCUGCAACCACAGAGCGUGGUGGACAGUAUCAAGCGGAAAGUAAGGGGACUGUUGCCAAACGAGAGUAUCCCGUUGAGCGUGGAAGGUCAAGUGGAAGAGCUCAUUAAGCAGGCUGUUGAUCCAAGGAAUCUGACAGCCAUGUACAUUGGAUGGUGUCCAUUUCUGUAA